AUGCGUCUUACUGCUGCUAUUGUUGUGCUCGCCGCCGGUGCCAUCGCUAGAGCUCAACUAUCUAAUAUCCCCCAAUGCUCUCUUACCUGUUUUACUUCGACCCUUGGCGGGGACGGCUGCUCUGAGCUUACGGAUUUCGCGUGCCAUUGCCAAAAGCCUGGCCUCGCAGCGGAGAUUGUGCCCUGCAUCAAUAAAGCCUGUGAUAUCACGGACCGACGAGCCGUAUCCAGUGUCGUUGAAUCCUUGUGUUCCGGUGUUGGCCAUCCGGUCUCUAUCCCCGCGGUGGACACAUCGAUUCCCACAACGACUGCCAUAGGAGCUAUCCCAACCUCAGCGAGGAGCUCCAAUUCUACCACGGUCAGUGGUUUCGGGUCAAGCUCCAAGACUUCGUCCACGAUCAACACAGCUUCGCCUCAGAGCACCUCCCAGUUCAACGGUGCCUCCGGUAUUGCACCCGGGGCUGUUCAGAUGAUUGGUAGUGCUAUCCUGUUAGCCAGCAUGAUCUUUUUUGUUUGA